CCACCUUGGAUUUAGUGCCUUCGUUUAAGAAAAACUAAAAGAUAGAGGGAGGGAGAGAGAAAAUAAGGAGGUUUUUAAGUUCAAGAGAGAGAUAUGGAUGGUAGAGGAGGGUGUUGUAUUGCAAGAUAUGCAGGUGGCGGAGGAGCGUACGACAUGUCCAAGGUGGACCGGAUAAUGUUGAGGUUCAGGCCAAUAGCGCCUAAACCGUCCACGGCCCCGUCCUCCGCUGCUUUUGUUUCAGGUGGUGGAUCGUCGCCAGAAAUGAGUGAUGCAAGUCCUAGGUCAGGUAGAGGAAAGAGAAAGUACAACAAUACCAGUAAUGGUAAUAAUACCAAGAAGUGUAAUAGUGGUGGCGGUAGUAAUAGAAAGAAAAAGGUUUUAGGGGAAGAGAAUAAGGUAGUAGUUGAUUCUUUUGUAACUUUGCCUCUCUUGCCGGAAGCACCUGGCCGGAAAGAUUCCCCGGCGAAAGAACCUAAGUGUGAAGCCGGUUCGUGUUCCCUCACGCCAAAGCAAGUUAAUAGUACGUCUACGUGGCUUAGUUUUGGUGGCAAUGUGAAAGAUCAUGCUACUGGUCAUAAUCAGUCGGUGGGCUUUGGCGUGCCGGCAGAUCGGACAGUUGUGAUGCCAGGAGUGAUGAAUAUAGUGGGGUCAUGUGUGACACUUGAAUGCGUGACCGACACGUGGGUGGAUGUGGAUGGUCUAGGGCGUACUGAUAAGGAGAAGAGGGUUAAUCUGGAGAAGGACACGUGCCCGGGGUUUAUAUCUGACGGUUAUGGGAGAGUUACGUGGACAAACGAGGCGUACAGGAAGAUGGUGGGCCAAGGGGAGGGAGGAGAUCAUCAGGUGUUUGUGUGGUUGGCGAUAAAGGAGAAGGCGCCGGUAACGGUAGCAUUAGGAGGUCACCAGGCUUUCACUUGCAGGGUUAGGGUGCAAUACCAGAAGUAUAACACGAGUGAGGUUGAUGGGAAGGAGAAGAGUUCGAUCAUUACGGUGCCGUGUGAUGUGUGGAGAAUGGAUACUGGUGGCUUUGCAUGGAGAUUAGACGUCAAGGCUGCUCUCUGUCUGGGCCGGUAAACUAAAGAAGAGAAGAACAAGGAAACCAGGCCUGCAAGCUGCUACCUUGUGAUAUGAUAUUAUCAAUAUUUUAUGACCUAAGUAGUAGCACUACUAGUAUUGUUAAUUACCCUAAACUGAGGCUUUAGCAUGGACAUGAUGUCGGUGAUGAUCAUAACCUUAAAAUUGUGCAUAGUUUUUGGUGGUCCAGCUGCUUCUCUGAUGUUUGCUCUUCAUAACUUUUUCACUGCUCACUGAUGGUCUAUUCUCUCCUUAUCUUUAUCUUCGUUUUCUUUGGGUGUUUUGUGUUCGCUCUUCAAGUCUAGAUAUUUGUUGAUGAGAAACAUUCUGGAAAGUAAAGCUUCUUGUAAUCAUAUUAUUUAGUAAAUCGUCUCUUUAAUUA